GCUGGGAAAGACGCUCGUGGAGGAGCGAACCGAGAGCUGGGUCUUCGGGUGGAGGAACGCCGAGUGAGAAUGAGUGAUCCGUGGAGCCUGUAAACGGAACUGCCAAGACUAGAUUCCCAAAGGCGCAAAGCCGGAACUCAUGCACUGAUAGUGGGGUGAAAGGUGAAAUGAAGCCAAAAGGUACAGACCCAAGAAUCUUAUCACUAGCUGCUGAAGUUGCAAAAAGUCCUGAGCAGAAUGUCCCUGUUAUACUGUUGAAGUUAAAAGAAAUAAUAAACAAUACACCUUUAGGAAGUUCAGAAUUGAAGAAAAUCAAACAAGAUAUAUAUUGUUAUGACCUCAUUCGAUACUGCCUCUUGGUCCUCAGUCAAGACUGUUCUCGAAUCCAGGGUGGUUGGACUACAGUUUCUCAGCUUACGCAGAUAUUAAGCCAUUGCUGUGUUGGUCUUGAGCCUGGAGAAGAUGCAGAAGAAUUUUACAAUGAAUUACUUCCAUUGGCUGCUGAGAAUUUUCUGGUGUUGGGGAGGCAAUUGCAGACAUGUUUCAUAAAUGCAGCUAAGGGUGAAGAAAAAGAUGAAUUACUACACUUCUUCCAAAUUGUGGCUGAUUCUCUCUUCUGGCUUUUGGGAGGUCAUGUUCAACUCAUACAAAAUGUAUUACAAAGUGAUCAUUUCUUGCAUUUGCUGCAGACUGACAAUAUUCAAAUAGGAUCUACAGUCAUGACUUUGCUACAGAAUAUGCUGCAGAUCAACAGUGAUGGUUUACUCAGAAUAAAAGGAAAAACCUUGCAUUCAAUUUUAGAUGAAGUUGUUUUCAAGCUUUUGUCAACUUCUAGUCCAGUCAUAAGACAUACUGCUACAAAGCUUCUACUGUUAAUGGCUGAAUUCCAUCAGGAAAUUUUGAUUUUAUUGAGACGAAGUAUCUACUACAAAGGUCUCAGAAGUCUACUUUAUCAACAAGAACUUGGGACAGAGUUUAAUCGAGAACUUAGACAGCUCACUGGACUUAUAAGCCCUUGUAAGGAAGUAGAAGAACAGAAACUACAUCAAGCAGCUUGCUUGAUUCAAGCUUAUUGGAAGGGUUUCCAAACUAGAAAGAGAUUAAAGAAGCUUCCAUCUGCUGUGAUUACAUUGCAGAGGAGAUUCAGAUAUAAGCAAGCAAAGAUACUACUGAAGCAAAAUAGGCAGAAGGAAGAAGACGACCACAAAUUACAGUUGCAACUUCAAAGACAAAGAGCCAUGAGACUUUCCCGUGAAUUAAGACUGAAUAUGCUUGAUAUAGUUCAUCCAGGUCAGAUGGAAAAACAUAAUCAGGAAAUAGAAGAGAAAUCAGCAUUGAUUAUCCAGAAACAUUGGCGAGGAUGCAGGAAUAGGAAAAUUUUUCACCAACAGAGGCCGUCUCUCACGGAGUAUAAAGCAGCUGUCACACUUCAGAGAGCAACUCUUAAAUUCCUAGCAAAAUGCCGUAAGGAGAAACAACUAUGUGCUCUUUGGCAAGGACUCCCAGACCUCACAGAUAACCACAGAGUUGAACUGAAGCGUCAAGUGGAUGAAUAUGUCAGAAAACAUGCAGUAAUCCUAUCUUUCACCCUCUUCUACACUGUUUAAAAAGAGAACUUCAUGCAAAAAAACCAAAAACUAAAAAACUGUGAUGGAAGUCAGGAGUACUAAUGCAUGAUAGCUGAACAAGUAACUGUUAACCACAAGAACAAAACUUUGGUAGAAGCUGAAUUGAACAGCAUGACUCAGACCAGAGGGCAUAAGAAAGACCUCCUACGUCUUCAUCCACUACUAGGACUUUAAUUUAAAUGCACACAAUAAUCUGAGCCUGUAGGGAGAAAAAAGGAGGGCAAGCCUGACCUAUGAUGUUAUAACUCUCUGUGGUUACCAUUUAUAGGUCAACAAUAGAAAAGACGUUCUAACUUCUACUUCUAGCCAAGAUGGAGUAAGGGAACUAGGUUUUCUUCCUACCUGAAAUGAAAGGAGGUUGGGGGAGGGAAUGAUAAAAUACAUGGCACAAUAGUUUUUUAGGCCAUGGACAUCAGACGACAAAGAGCAGCAAUCCCUGAGAAGGGUGAAAAGCAAGUCCUAUACUCUCCCUUUCUUACAACUUUUAAAAUUUCUAGGUCAUAGCACAAGGAAGAAGAAACAAAGCAGUUGGUCUUUGGAAUCAUCAAAUUAUAGAGGUGAACCAGAGAGUCUAGGAAGAGCAAGACAGCAAGAUUUCAAAGGGUAGGGAUUAUGAAAGUAAAGGGAGCUACAAAGAGAGAGAACCCCAAGUACCUGUAUCAGCAAAUGCAUGUAAAGAAACUACCCACGGGCCAAGAAAACAACCUUUUGAAAAUAUGAAAAGAAAAGGUGUCUGAUAUUCACACAAGUCAGAAAAUAGUAUCUGGAAAAAUUCAUGAUUUAUAAGGCAUUGGAAUGAGUAGUCAUGAAGAUCUUGCCUUAGAAGGAGGAGAUAAGUAGUUUAAAUUACAAAAGAUUAUAGUGUUUUUCAUGUAACUUAGCAGCAUUCCAGAAAAAUGCCCAAGAUUUUAGAAAUAUCAUAUGCCUGGCAUCCAUAAAGGUAAAAGUUACAAUGGCUGGUGUCUAAACAGAGAAUAAAGUCAGGAACAAGACAGGGAUAAUAUUCAGUAGUCGGAAUCCUAGUUUGUCUUUUUUUGAUAGAAAUUGACAAGCCAAUUUAAAAUUUAUAUAGCAAUAAAAGGAACAAAUGAUUGUAAGAACAAUGUUGGAAGGGUAGCAUGACCUGAUUUCAAUAAUUAUAAAACUACAGUAGUCAUAGCAGUAGUAUUGAUAUAAAUAUCACAAAGAGUAAAUCAGUGGAACAAAAUUGAAUCCCAAAGUAAACCCACAUAUAUGACCACCUGAUAAUUGACAGGAGUAUGCAGAUAAUAUUUGGAGAAACUGGAAAUUUGGUUAUCCAUAUGUUAAAAAAUUGAUCUUGGGUCCAUGUAUUAUAUAUAAAAGUUAAAAAAAUUGGAUCAUAAGGGAUUCAUCUUUAACAGCAGGGAGAGCAAAAAGGAACAUAAAGGGGACUACAUCAAACUGAAAAGUUUGUGCACCGUGAAAGAAACUAAAAUGAAAAAGAUACCUUACUGAAUGGCACGAUAUUUGCAAAACAUGCAUCUGACAAGGGACUGAUACCAAAGAUCUAUAAGGAACUUAUACAACUCAACAACAACAAAAAACAAAAACAAAUAACCUAGUAAAACAUGGCCAAAGAAUAGACACUUCCCCAGAGAAAAUAAACAGACUACAAACAGGCAUAUGAAAUAAUGUUCAUCAUCACUUAUCAUCAGGGAAAUGCAAAUCAGAACCACAAUGAGAAUUACCCAAACUGAAAAGAUUAGAAGAAACAGUGCUGGUAAUAAUGUGCAGAAAAGACAACUCAGAUUGGCCCAGUACUUAUGGAAGGCAGUAUGGACAUGUGUCAAAAUAUUAAAAAUGGAUCUUUCAUACAACCCAGUAACUCCAGCUAAGGAAACUUGUAUUUCCAUGGUUAUUGCAGCACUAUUUAUAAUAACCAGAUUAUGACAAUACCUAAGUACGCAAAAGCAGAUGAAUGGAUCAAGAAGAUUCUAUAUAUAGACAUAAUAUUACUCAGCAAAUAAAAAAGAUAAAUUCAUGCCAUUUUCAGCAACUUGGAUAGAGCUGGAGGGUGUUAUACUAAAUAACAAAUAAGCUAUUUAUGAUAACUUGUAAGUCAAAAGGAGAAAGCCAAAUACCAGAUAAUAUUUCUCUAUAUAUGAAAUAUAGAGAAAUUAACUAAAGGUCAG